ACCAUACUCGCCCAUGAACUGCUAUUGGGCGUGCCUAUGUCUAGUAGUGGAGAAACUUUGUGUGGCGCCAUAUCGCCCACAACAUCGGUGGCUUCAGCUGUUAUACCUGGCUGCAGCAGUAGUACCGCAAACUAUUUAAGAUCUCUAGCCACCGAUGAGAAUACCUGCAAUACACUGCCACAUGUUACAAGUGCCAGUGCGGCCAGUGGCCAAUUAAAUGCCUCCACUACGGGCACGGGUUUGAGCAACAACUUACAACUGAAUCGUAAUCUGGUAAUGUUACGCAAUCAUUUGCGCAAAAAUACUAAUAACAUAACAGCAGGUGCAGCAGCAGCUGCAGCAGGAGUUGUAACACAAUCUACAACAAUUGGCAGCGGUAGCAGCACAAACAUUACCACAGGCAGCAGUCGAGAGAUUACAAAGGAACAAUAGCCCAGUUCUAUCGAAAAAAUACUACAAUACUUGAACAUCAUCAACAUCAGUGUCAGCGUCAUAAGUACGUAUGUAUUAAAUUAACUUAUAAAUAAUAAAGUAUAAAUAAAAUCUCUAUAAAGAAAACCCACAUAAAAUAUAUUUAUACAAUAUAUUGAAAUUAUAUUUAGAUAAUAAACUAACUAAUUUAAGUCUGAUUCUUUAUAUAUGAUAAAUUUAUUUUGUUUAUGUUUAAUUUAAAUUUAGUUUAUCUUGAUUUUUUCAAUAUUUAAUCCUUAAGCUUAAACAAAAUGCCACAAAAAAAUAAAUUUCUAUAAUUUUAAAAAGGGUGUAAAUACUACACUUAACAAAAUCUUAUGUUGAAGGUUGAAUAUGUAUCAUUUCUAUUUAAUUUUUCUUUAGAAAAUCAUAUUUUUUUUAUUGAUUUGUUUAUUUUUAAUAUUUACCUUUAUAUUUAAGUUAUUUUUUUGUAAAAUUUUUGUUUCUAUUCUCUUAAGACUUAAUUUUGAAUAUAAGUAAAACAAAAAAUGCUGUGAUUCUUUAAAUAGAAACAAAAAAAUAAUAUUAAAAACAGAAAAAAAUAAACAAUUUUGUAUAAUGUUUCGUCGUUCAGUUCAAAUGUACAGUGUAUAAAUAUAAAAUAAAUUUAAAUUAUAAAAACAAACAAUAAAAAAAAAAACGAAAAAAUAACUAACUAAGCAAUGCAAAAAUAUAAAACGAAUAUAAAAAUACAAAACAAAAAAAUCAAUAAAAUACAAUAGAUACAUUUUUUAAAGUAUUUUAUAUUAAAUUAUACUUUUCUCAGGUGAUGGCAUUUAUGUAUUGUAUGAAAGUUUAAACAAAAAGUUAGAACAAAAAAUAAAUAAAAAAACUUGCAAAUAAUUGAAAAUACACAUACAUACUCAUAUAACACACAAAUAAACAAACUAACUACCCCCA